CGCGAAUCGAGGAUUUUAGCGCUUAGGGAGCACGUAGCGAUCUCAACGAUUAUUAGUUAAUUAGGUGUUAUUCACUCCAAAAGAAAAACUCGUCGUGCCCAUUUCUGGUCUGGCACUAUUAUGGGUUGCCUAUGUGCUACCGGUCCCGGCCGGGCGUCUCGGCCUUUCGUCAAUGAUGACAUUCUUUGAUUCUCUUUUCUCUUCUCUUUAUUCUUCGUCUGACGAUAUAUUGCGCCAAUUCUGUCCGUCAUGUCGACCUUCACGCAAAAGACGGUCGUCGUUGGUGCUGGACCGGUGGGAGCUCUAGCAGCCCUCUAUGCGGCCACAAGAGGAGACAAUGUAGAAAUCUACGAGCUUCGAGGUGAUCUACGAGAUCCAAACACCGUGCCACUCAACUUCACGAGAUCUAUCAACCUGGCACUAUCAGAACGGGGCAUUAAUUCUUUACGAAAAGCUGACAGGCCGGCCCUCCUCGAUGCUGUUCUCAAGGAGACUAUUCCGAUGCAUGGUCGCAUGAUUCACGGCAAAAGGCUUGGCAAACUGUUCGAACAGUCGCAAGCAUACGACAUCCAUGGCCGAGCAAUCCUGGCCGUCGACCGUGGCGGUCUAAACAAACGUCUGCUCGAUGAGCUGGAGUCCAUGCCCAACGUCAAGCUCUUCUUCAACCACAAGAUGACCGGAGCAGACUUCAAGAAGAAUCUAGCCUGGUUCGAGCGUUCAGAUCAACCCCGAGCAGACCGCGUCGACAAUCGCGGAAUCGAGAUAGAAGUGGACUUUGACCUCCUAAUCGGCGCCGACGGCGCCCAUUCAGCAGCACGCUUCCACCUCAUGAAGUUCGCCCGCGUCUCCUACCAACAAGACUACAUCGACACCCUCUGGUGCGAAUUCACCGUCCCCCCAGCCGAAGACGGAUCCUUUCGCCUCUCGCCAAACCACCUGCACAUCUGGCCCGGCGAGGAAUUCAUGUUCAUCGCCAUCCCCUCCCUCGACAAAUCCUUCACCUGCACCCUCUUCGCCCCCGUCGCAACCUUCACCCACCUCGACGCCGACCCAGACUCCCACCUCACCCCCUUCUUCGACACCAACUUCCCCGGCGUCCUCCACACCCUCAUCUCCCCCGCCGCCCUCCGCGCCCAAUACACACAAAACUCCCACCUCCCUCUCAUAUCCAUCAAAUGCACCCCCUACCACUUCGGCUCCUCCGCCGUCAUCCUCGGCGACGCCGCACACGCCAUGGUCCCCUUCUACGGCCAAGGCAUGAACGCCGGCCUCGAAGACGUCCGCGUCCUCUACGACAUCCUGGACGCCCACGCCCACACCUCCCCGCACACCGCCCGCGAAGCCCGCGAAGAAGCCCGCGCCCGAGCCCUCCAACAAUACACAGCCACCCGCCACCCCGACGCCACAACAAUCAACGACCUCGCCCUGCGCAACUACACGGAGAUGCGCAGCGACGUGCGCUCGCCCGCGUACAAGCUGCGCAAGUGGAUCGAGGAGCAGCUCAAUGCGUGGGUGCCGGCGCUCGGGUGGGCGACGCAGUACUCGCGUGUCAGUUUCGGUAAUGAGCGGUACUCGGAUGUGGAGCGGGCGGCGCGGCAUCAGCAGGCGGUGCUGGGGCAUGUGUUGAGGCUGGCGGUUGGGUCGGGGGUCGGGCUUGGGUUGGUGUGGGCGUGGAGGGCGGAUUGGUUGUCGAGGGGCUUGGGGCGGAUGGCGGUUGUGUUGAGGCGUGGAAGGUGAGGUGUGGUGGAAUGGGAUGGGAUGAUACCCGGGUUUGAAUGUAUGGGUGGUUGUGCUAUGUGUAUUAUUAGAUUCCUUGGAGACACGCCGCUCUUUGGAAAUAGACUUCUUGUUCCUGUAGACCACUCAUGAAUGCUGACAGUCGUCUUCAUGUAAUUGUAAUGUGAUAUCUCGCAUACGCUAUAGAGAAAAGACGAAAGGAUAUAGAGAAUCGGCCGUUAGGUAAGAUAAAUAUCACACGCC